GUGAUGCUUAGAACAAUAAUUUUUCUUUUCUUUUACCUGAUUGUAAGAGCUGCUGAAAUAACUGGUGUAUUCACUAGUUUUGACUCUCUCGUUUUCCAGAAUGGUGGAACCUAUCCUUAUGAAGCACCUGCAAACCCUAGCUGGAUUGCUACCUUAAGCUGGGCAAUGGAUGGCAAUGUAGUUGCUCCUGGAGACACAUUUACUUUACAUAUGCCAUGCACUUUUAAGCUUACAACCGAUAAUACAAUCAUUCUAGGAGCAGAAGGUACGACAUACGCUACAUGUCUGCAUUUUUCAGGAGAAAUUAUUGUUCCUUAUUCUGAAUUGUAUUGUACAAUUACAGAUUCAUUACUACCUGGUAUGACAGUAGAAGGUUCCACUUACUUCCCUGUUGUAUUCAAUACUGGCGGAAGUGCAUUGGCCAGCGAUUUGGAAGACUCUACAUGUUUCACGAAUGGGGAGAACACUGUCUCCUUCUACGAUGGAGAUACACAACUUUCCACCAGUGUUGUUUUCGAGGCAGGGCCACCAAGUGCCAAUAUAAAUCCAGACAUUGUUAUAUUUAGAGCUAGAGUGCUUCCUCAACUUAAUAGCAGCCAACAUUAUGCUGCCAUUGGUUGGUGUCCUAAUGGUUACACCUCGGGUACCUUGGGGUUUACUUUCACUGGUGGAACUCUUGAUUGUGAUUCAGUCCAUGCCUCAAUUACCAACCAGUUGAAUGACUUCCAUUAUCCAACCAAUGCCGACCCCAAUUUUCUGUAUACUUUCACUUGUUCACCUACAUCCUAUCAGAUCAAUUUUGAAAAUAUUCCAGCUGGAUAUAGACCAUUUAUCGAUGGUCUUACCAGGCCAUCAGGCCCCGCUCUUUCUGUCUUUUAUACCAAUCGCUAUCUAUGUGCUGAUGAGACGACAUUUAGACAGCAAAAUCUUAAUGUAAAUUGGGGUGAAUAUGCAGAUGGUCCGACUAGUGGUAACGGCAAUGUCAUUGUGGUCACAACUUCUACAUACAGUGGUUCACAUACCCAGAUAUCCACUGCCACAGGCGAAUCAACGAACACUAUUAUUGUUUAUGUACCUACUCCAACAGUUACAAUAACAGAGACAUGGACUGGGCGCGAAACAAGCACGACCACUGUAUUUCCAACAUCAGAAGGAGGUACUGUAAUAGUUAUUAUCGACUUACCAACGGAUCCUCCACCUAACCCAACCACCACUAUCACAUCCGUAUGGACAGGUACUGAUACUACUACAGUCACAGUAACUGACACAGAAGGAGGAACUGAUACAGUAAUUGUUCAAGUUCCUGCAAACCCAACCACCACUAUCACAUCUGUCUGGACUGGAACUGAUACUACUACAAUUACGGUGACUGACACAGAAGGAGGCACCGAUACUGUCAUUGUUCAAGUUCCU